UGGAGCCAGUUAUGAAGGAAAUUUAUACGAUUGGUCAUUCCGGCCGGUAAAAUGUCAAGAGAAUGAGAGCUAUAAAAGCGCAGUAUUUGUCUGUUGUUAGUCAGAUUUGUUUCGCAAUCGAUCAGCACACCCAUCCUUUGAACCAAACAUGAAGUUCGUGAUUGUUCUCGCCUGCCUUCUGGCCGUGGCUUUUGCCAACGAGGAGGCCGAUGUCCUAAAGAGCGACUCGGAGGUGAACGUGCUGGACUUCAACUACGCCUACGAGCUGUCCAACCACAUUCGUGCCGUCCAAUCUGGAGCUCUGAAGGAGCACGACAACUGGGUGGUUUCCGGCGAGUACGAGUACGUGGCCCCCAAUGGCAAGACCGUCAAGGUCGUCUACACCGCCGACGACACCGGCUACCACCCAAAGGUUGUCGAGGCCUAAUCAAUGCGACACUUCUCUUAGCCCGAAAUAAAAUUUAAAUACAUUGCAGCAACGUA